AUGGAGAUGCCUAUGCUGCUGCUGGUGGCCCUCGGUAGCUUUGUGGCAAACCACAGCCUCCUGCAAGCAGAGACAGAACCAAGGGCUGCUCCGCCCCUCCCCUUCUGCAGCUCCCGGCUGCUGUCACACUCCUUCUGCCUGCACCAGGACGUGAUGAACCUGGCCUGUGCCAACGCCACCCCCAGCGUGGUGUACGGCCUCACCGCCAUCCUGCUCGUCAUGGGGCUGGACGCCGUCCUCAUCUGCCUCUCCUACGUCCUGAUCCUCAAGGCUGUCUUGCGGCUGGCGUUGUGGAAGGAGAGGCUCAAGGUGUUCAGCACCUGCGUCGCCCACAUCUGCGUGGUCCUGGCCUUCUACGUGCCCCUGAUCGGGCUGUCUGUGGUGCACAGGUUUGGGAAGGACCUGGCUCCACUGGUCCAUAUCACCAUGGGGAACAUCUACAUCCUGGUGCCUGCUGUGGCCAACCCCAUCAUCUAUGGGGUGAGGACCAAACAGAUAGAGAAGAGCCUGAUUUCAGUCAAAAUUUCUGGUGUCAGAACUGCCCACUGA